AGGCUCAAGGAACGGGACGAAUCUCUGAGGGAGUCCUGGAUCCGCGCCAUGGAGGCACGUCUGGUGCGCGACAAGCUGCAAAAGUGCUACCGCGUAGAGGGAGUGAACCAUCUCGAAAAUUGCCAAGAUCUUGCGGAUCGGUACACCCAGAUGCUGAAGGACAACAGAGUG